CCGCCGCGCCAGCGCCAUGAAGCGGCAGAGCGAGCGAGACUCUAGCCCGAGCGGGCGCGGCUCGUCAUCGUCGGCCAAGCGUCCGCGGGAGCGCGAACGGGAGGCGGAGGCGGGCGGGCGGCGGGCGGCGCACAAGGCCUCUGGCGGCGCCAAGCACCCGGUUCCAGCGCGGGCCCGCGACAAACCCCGCAGCAGCGGAAGCGGCGGGGGCGGGCAUCGCGACGGCCGCGGCACCGGGGACGCUAAUCACCGCGCGAGUAGCGGGCGCUCCUCGGGCUCCGGCGCUGGCGGCGGGGGACGCGGCGGCAAGGCCUCGGGGGACCCGGGCGCCUCCGGCUUGUCGCCCCGCGCGUCUCCUCUGCCGCCGCCUCCGCCACCGCCUGGGGCCGACCCCGCGGGUCCCGGCUCAUCCGCGGCCGCGCCUGAGUACAAGACGUUGCUCAUCAGCAGCCUGAGCCCCGCGCUGCCCGCCGAACACCUCGAGGACCGGCUUUUCCACCAGUUCAAGCGCUUCGGCGAGAUCAGCCUCCGCCUGUCGCACACGCCUGAGCUGGGCCGUGUGGCCUACGUGAACUUCCGGCACCCACAGGACGCGCGCGAGGCCCGCCAGCACGCCCUGGCCCGGCAGCUGCUGCUCUACGACCGCCCGCUCAAGGUAGAGCCCGUGUACUUGCGCGGCGGCGGCGGGAGCAGUCGGCGAAGUAGCAGCAGCAGCGCCGCCGCUUCCACGCCUCCCCCAGGGCCGCCCGCGCCCGCCGACCCGCUCGGCUACCUCCCGCUACACGGAGGCUACCAGUACAAGCAGCGCUCGCUGUCCCCCGUCGCUGUCCCGCCCCUGCGGGAGCCCCGUGCUCGUCACGCCGCCGCAGCCUUCGCCCUGGAUGCUGCCGCUGCCGCCGCCGUGGGACUGUCCCGGGAGCGGGCCCUGGACUACUACGGGCUGUACGACGACCGUGGGCGCCCCUAUGGUUACCCAGCUGUGUGCGAGGAGGACCUGAUGCCCGAGGACGACCAGCGGGCCACGCGCAACCUCUUCAUUGGGAACCUGGACCACAGCGUAUCUGAGGUGGAGCUGCGAAGGGCCUUCGAGAAAUACGGCAUCAUCGAGGAGGUGGUAAUCAAGAGGCCUGCCCGUGGCCAGGGCGGUGCCUAUGCCUUCCUCAAGUUCCAGAACCUGGACAUGGCCCAUAGGGCUAAGGUGGCCAUGUCGGGCCGAGUGAUUGGUCGCAACCCCAUUAAGAUAGGCUAUGGCAAGGCCAACCCCACCACUCGUCUCUGGGUGGGUGGCCUGGGACCUAACACGUCACUGGCGGCUCUGGCCCGAGAGUUUGACCGCUUUGGGAGCAUUCGGACCAUUGAUCACGUCAAAGGAGAUAGCUUUGCCUAUAUUCAGUACGAGAGCUUGGACGCAGCCCAGGCCGCCUGUGCUAAAAUGAGGGGUUUUCCCUUGGGUGGACCAGACCGCAGGCUCCGCGUGGAUUUUGCCAAAGCAGAGGAGACUCGGUACCCCCAGCAGUACCAGCCCUCACCACUCCCUGUGCAUUAUGAGCUGCUCACAGAUGGAUACACCCGGCACCGCAACCUGGACGCCGACCUGGUGCGGGACAGGACGCCCCCACACCUUCUGUACUCAGACCGAGACCGGACUUUUUUGGAAGGGGACUGGACCAGCCCCAGUAAAAGCUCCGACCGCCGAAACAGCCUUGAGGGCUACAGUCGCUCAGUACGCAGCCGGAGUGGUGAGCGUUGGGGGGGAGAUGGAGACCGUGGUUUGCCCAAGCCCUGGGAAGAGAGGCGGAAACGGAGAAGCCUUUCCAGUGACCGUGGGAGGACAACCCACUCCCCAUAUGAGGAACGGAGUAGGACCAAGGGCAGUGGGCAGCAGUCAGAGCGGGGCUCCGACCGCACCCCUGAGCGCAGCCGCAAGGAGAACCACUCCAGUGAAGGGACCAAGGAGUCCAGCAGCAACUCCCUCAGCAACAGCAGACAUGGGGUUGAGGAACGGGGCCACCACCACCACCAUCACGAGGCUGCAGACUCUUCCCACGGGAAGAAGGCAAGAGACAGCGAGCGCAAUCACCGGACCACGGAGGCCGAGCCCAAGCCUCUGGAAGAGCCAAAACAUGAGACCAAAAAGCUGAAGAAUCUUUCAGAGUACGCUCAGACACUACAGCUAGGUUGGAAUGGGCUUCUAGUGUUGAAAAACAGCUGCUUCCCCACGUCUAUGCAUAUCCUAGAGGGGGACCAGGGGGUGAUCAGCAGUCUCCUCAAAGACCACACUUCUGGGAGCAAGCUGACCCAGCUGAAGAUCGCCCAGCGCCUUCGACUGGACCAGCCCAAGCUUGACGAGGUCACACGACGCAUCAAGCAGGGGAGCCCCAACGGCUAUGCGGUCCUCUUAGCCACCCAGGCAACCCCCAGUGGGCUUGGCACUGAGGGGAUGCCCACAGUGGAGCCUGGUCUGCAGAGGCGGCUUCUCAGGAACCUGGUCUCCUACUUGAAACAGAAGCAGGCCGCAGGGGUGAUCAGCUUGCCAGUGGGGGGGUCCAAGGGCAGAGACGGCACAGGCAUGCUCUACGCCUUCCCACCCUGCGACUUUUCCCAGCAGUACCUCCAGUCAGCACUAAGGACAUUGGGCAAGCUAGAAGAAGAACACAUGGUGAUAGUCAUCGUCAGAGACACUGCCUAGCCCAAGCCUGUCUUUCCCAGCGUCAUGUUUGUGUCACAAAAGCAGUUAGUUAUUUUAAAAUCUGAUCCCCUCUCUACCCUACCACUUUGGUUUGAAUUAUCUCCUGGGUUAUUUUGGUUCAUUUGGGUGGGGAUCAAAGUCCUGUCCACCACCAAAACUAAGUUCUUAGAUUUUGGGGGAUUUUUUUUUUUAAACAGUGAUGAGAAGGGAAUCCGGUUAUGUUGAUUUCUAGUGUACAAGAUACUGUCUGCUGUGGUUCUGUAUUUUUUUAUUUUUUGACCAACUGUAUGGAAAGUUGUCAGUAAAACCUUUGACAGAGGAUGGAUUUUUAAA